AUUAUGGGGCUUCGCUCUUGUCGUCUUUAAGUGGACCGCGCGCAUGCGCUGACUUCCUCUUUUUCCGGCUGGAACCAUGGAGGGUGCGGAAGAGAAGAAAAAGAAGGUUCCUGCUGUGCCAGAAACCCUUAAAAAGAAGCGAAGGAAUUUCGCAGAGUUGAAGAUCAAGCGUCUGAGGAAGAAGUUUGCUCAGAAGAUGCUUCGAAAGGCAAGAAGGAAGCUUAUCUAUGAAAAAGCUAAGCAUUACCACAAGGAAUAUAGGCAGAUGUACAGAACUGAGAUUCGAAUGGCAAGGAUGGCAAGAAAAGCUGGCAACUUCUACGUACCUGCGGAACCCAAAUUGGCAUUUGUCAUUAGGAUCAGAGGUAUCAAUGGUGUGAGCCCAAAGGUUCGAAAGGUGUUGCAGCUUCUUCGCCUUCGCCAGAUCUUCAAUGGCACCUUUGUUAAGCUCAACAAGGCUUCAGUUAACAUGCUAAGGAUUGUGGAACCUUAUAUAGCAUGGGGGUACCCAAACCUGAAGUCGGUGAAUGAAUUGAUCUACAAGCGUGGUUAUGGCAAAAUCAACAAGAAGCGAAUUGCCCUGACAGAUAACACAUUGAUUGCCCGAUCUCUUGGU